UCGGGGUGCCACAGGGACCUCAUGCGCUAAUCCCGCCCCAGCGCACAGGACCUCGGCGAGCCUGCAUGUUUUUCAGCGGCUCACCCUCUUCAAAUUUAACACGCAGUCAGGAAUAAUGCUGGGAAAUAAAAAGAAAGCGGCAUCAGCCCUUAAAGACGGAACCGGGACGUCCCAGAAGGCCAUUGAUCCUCUACGAAACCUGGGAGUCCAGGACGAUGAAGACGUGAAGCACAUGCUCCAGGGCUCGAGUCUGGUCAAGGUGCGAUCACCUCGGUGGCAGAAGCACAGGAGUGUCCGACUGCUGGAGGAUGGGGUCACAGUUUGGUGCCAGUCUCAUAAAACCUCCAGUCGAGCCAAAGAGCAGCAGUCAUUCUCUGUCCUGGAUGUGGAGUGUGUGCGUGAAGGCUGUCAGUCUGAGGUGCUGCGUCGCAUGGUUGGCUCUGUCCCUGAAAACCAGUGCCUUACAGUGGUUUUCAAAGGACCACGCAAAAGUCUGGAUCUACUGUGUGCCAGUGCCGAGGAGGCCCGGCGCUGGGCUCGGGGCAUCCGUACUCUCCAAGAACGAGUGGAAAACAUGACACAGAAGGAGAAACUUGACCACUGGAUCCAUGCUUACUUGAACCGAGCUGACCAGAACCAUGAUGAUAAGAUGAGCUACGACGAAGUGCAAAACCUACUGCAGAUGAUCAACAUCGACCUCAACGAACAGUACGCACGCAGCCUCUUUCAGAAGUGUGACCGCUCAGCUGACGGACGCUUGGACCACGGGGAAAUUGAAAUCUUCUGCAGGGAGCUGCUCCGGAGACCAGAGCUGGACGCGGUCUUCAUUCAGUAUUCUGCAAAUGACUGUGUGCUCUCCACUGUGGACCUGAGAGACUUCCUCAGGGACCAGGAGGAGGACGCCUCUGUGACUCACGCUCAGAGCCUCAUUCUCACCUAUGAGCUCAACCCCUGGGCUCAGAAGAACCACUUCAUGACCCCUAAUGGCUUCACCAUGUACAUGCUGUCCAAAGAGAACUGUGUGUUUGACCCCGCCCAUGCUCGGGUUUACCAGGACAUGAACCACCCUCUGUCUCACUACUUCAUCUCCUCCUCACACAACACCUACCUCACCAAGGACCAGCUGACUGGGGACAGCAGCACAGAGCCUUAUAUUCGAGCUUUGAACCAAGGCUGUCGUUGUGUGGAGCUGGACUGUUGGGAUGGAGAGAAGGGAGAGCCAGUCAUCUACCACGGACACACACUGACUUCCAAAGUGCCCUUUGAUGAAGUUAUUGAAACUAUCAAUGAGUAUGCCUUCAAAGCUUCGCCUUAUCCCCUGAUUCUGUCACUGGAGAACCACUGCAGUGUGGAUCAGCAGACUGUGAUGGCCCGACACCUGCGCACCAUCCUGGGAGACAAACUGCUCACCAAGCCCCUCAAGGGCUGGGACAUCCGCUACCUGCCUUCUCCUGAGGAUCUUAAAGGGAAAAUUUUGAUAAAAGGGAAAAGGGAGGGCUCAGGUGAGGACCACUACAGUGCCUCGGACUUCAGCUCCUCAGAUGAAGAGAGUCAAAGGGAUGCCAGGUCUAAAACACAGAGAGCAGAGCAGAAGGCAGGAGCCUCCAAACUGAGCCCUGAGCUGUCAGAGUUGGUGUUGUACACGCGCAGUGUUCCUUUUAAAGGGUUUCAACAGGCUCCAGCUCCAGAGAGCCACAUAUCCUCAUUCUCUGAGAGUGAGGCAUUAAGACUCAUCAAAGAAGCAGGGAUGCACUUUGUCCGCCACAACAGUCACCAGCUCAGCAGAAUCUACCCCUCAGGCCAGCGCCUCCAGUCAUCCAACUACAACCCCCAGGACAUGUGGAAUGGAGGCUGUCAUAUGGUGGCUCUAAACUUCCAGACUCCAGGUGAGCAGAUGGACUUGAACCGGGGCAGGUUUCUCCAAAAUGGUCAGUGUGGAUAUGUCCUGAAGCCCCCCUUCAUGUGCUGCCCUGACACGACCUUUAACCCUGAAAAUGUUGGGGGAGGUCCGGGCCACAAACCUUUCCUUCUCACCAUCCGGAUUAUUUCAGCUCAGCAACUGCCUAAACCAGAAUGGGAUAAGCCUACAUCUAUAGUGGACCCGCAGGUGUGGGUUGAAAUACACGGUGUUCCAAUAGACAACAAUAAGAAAAAGACUCAUUAUGUGGAGAAUAACGGUUUUAAUCCUCGGUGGGACUGUACCUUUAACUUCACGGUUCACGCUCCAGACUUGGCCUUGGUUCGGUUCAUGGUGGAGGACCAUGAUUACACAUCAGCCAAUGACUUCUUAGGACAGUUCACUCUGCCCUUCAUGAGUACGCACACAGGUUACCGACAUGUGCGCCUGCUGAAGUCAGAUGGCUCUAGUCUGUCCCCUGCCUCUCUCUUCAUUCACGCUAAAAUCUCCCCGUGCAACAGCAGCACCAGGAGUCCCUGCAGGUCUCCAUCCAAGAGCUUAGCUGCUAAACACUAAAAAACAAAAGGAUUUUUAACAGACUCUGUGAGGGGCGUGAGGCACUCUGAGUACCUGUCCUGAACAGUCAGCCAAGAAUACACGCUUCUCCAAAACUUAAGAGUACGUGCAGCCUGGGCAUCGAUUUUACGAUUACACAUGACUGAUGGAUUAACCAGUCAAAGACAUGCAUUGCCCACCUGUAUCAAAACAAACAAAUCCUUUGAAAACAAAAUAAGGAAGGACUGAAAAACAAUAUGCAUUUCUGCAGAGUCCACAAGUGAAGCACUAAAUACUGUUAAUCUAAGGUGAGAGAAGUUUUAUUUUGUUAUAACUGGCAGAUAAUAAAUAAGAUCCUCCGUUCUCUCUGCAUCAAUGAAAUAAACAAACCUGAUUGGAUGCUUCAUUUGAGUUUGGCCUGAGACGCAGAGGAGGAGGUGGUGAUCAGACUGAAGAUCUUCUGUAUAAAAUAUACAGAGAGUGCAGGUCUGGAUCCCAGACUACCUUAAGACUUCACCAAAGAAGAUGUCAGUACUCUCUAUGCACAUUUUACAGUAGUGGCCAAUAACACUGAUAUAAUGGAAGUGGCAGGUCUGAAGUGGCUUCAAAUUGACCAAUUUAAAAAAAACAUGGCAUGGUGCACUUUUACAGUUUUUCUUUCAUUGAAUAUCAGUUAUUCCGAAUAUCUGCUGAAAAAAUAUACUUUUUUAUUUAAUGUAUUUAUUUUAAAGGGAUAAAAAAACUAUGAAGCCUAACACUGUCAGGCUAUACCAGUGGUUUCCUACUUUGAACUUGAAGAUCAGACACACUACACAUACUCUAACACAAAAGGUAUUACCACACAAACACACAGAUAACGCAGUGUUACGAGGAGGUAGUUAUUUUAAUGUGGCAUUUAUAUUUACUGUAUUUUUAAAAAAACUCUGAAGCAAGCUUGUCUCUAACUAACCUUUGAACAAACUCAGUAAAUAAAACCACUAACAAAAGAGGCAGCUUUAGUGUGAAGUCAGUGGUUUACAAUUUUAAUAUCCGUCCAACUAAGUUAUCAGUUAAAUAUAUUUUCUUUAAGAUGGUGCUGCUGGUUUGAAAUUAGCUGCUUAUUGCAUAUUUGUGUUAUGAAAUCCUAUUCUCUUUAAUGGUCUGCUCUGUCCAGCUGCUGUAGAGAUGUUUUUGUAUCAGCAUAAAGUAGUAAUUAGCAAUUAGAUUUGUAGUGUCAUGUAGCACCAUAGCAUGACAGAUGUAGCUUUACUCUUUUAAAAACUCAGCACUUAUGCUAUAUCUAUUCAGCAACUAACAUUUUUUCUUUUUUUAAUCAAAAUCAUUUUUUAACCAGUACAUUUAACUAAUAUAUUCUACCUUAACCUGUCAAUUACUAACUUUUCUAAUGUUUGUAGUGUGGUUAGUUUUUAUAUAUAUUAUAAAGAGUCAAAUAUGAUAAAUAUGAUAGCAUAUAAAGUACAAAUAAUACAAAAGGAAAAUGUCUUGCAAUUGAAUAAUAUAAGUUUUAUGUUUAAGGUCUUUGUCAUUUACUUAGAGGCUAAAUGCAUUCACAGUUGUCAGAUAUGGUCAGUAUGGUUUAUAAAAAUAUAGAAAAUAAACCAUCACAGUGCUGUCACAUGUGUACUCAAAAAAUCAGCUGUAUCACAUUUUAACACCCAAACUCUCACGAAAUUCCUUGAUAUUCAUAUGAAAUUAUCACAAAGUUAAUAAUAAAUAAUUAAAAUAACAUGUUGAUAACAUUACAUUUUUUGCAUGGAAAGGUCUUUAUCAUGUAACUACAUACUUUCAUAUCAAAUCAAACAUUGAUAUUUUUCCUGUUGCAAGGCGAUACAGCUAAUUUUAUAUUUACACCACUGGCAGCAUUACACUGUAUGUAUAAUCACCAUAUCUUGAUUAGUAUUAUUUAU